AUGGGCACAAAGUAUGCAAGUGCCUCAGUCUGCCAUCCGCAGAGCAAUGGUCAAGCAGAAGCAGCAAACAAGCUGAUCCUGACAGACCUGCAGAAGAAGCUGGAGGAGUACAAAGUCUUGUGGGCAGACCUAGUCCCGGAGGUCUUGUGGGCAAACAGGAUCACUGAGAAGGAGUCAACCGGUAAGAGCCCCUUCACCCUAGCCUACGGGGCUGAAGCAGUUGUCCCAGUGGAAGUACAAAUCCCCAGCCUGAGAAUACAUCACUAUGAGCAGCAAGAAAAUGCAAAGCAUAUGAUGGAAGAGCUAGACUUUCCUGCCAGAAGUAAGGCUGAAAGCAGCUCUCAAGUUGGCAGCCCAGAAGAGCAGGAUUUCAAAAGCUUUCAACAAGAGGGUCAAGCAUAG